AAAAACAGAGAGGCGAUGGGAGAAUACAGAGAAGAAGUGAGGAAGCUAGCAAGCAAAAUGAUGGAAGUGAUGGAUGAGAAUUUGGGUUUGCCUAAAGGUUACAUAAAGAAAGCUUUCAACGAAGGAAUGGAAGAUGGAGAAGAGACAGCUUUCUUUGGCACCAAAGUCAGCCAUUACCCACCUUGUCCUCACCCGGAGCGCGUCAAUGGCCUCCGAGCUCAUACUGAUGCAGGAGGUGUCGUUUUGCUGUUCCAAGACGAUGAAUAUGACGGCCUUCAAGUCUUGAAAGACGGCGAGUGGAUCGAUGUUCAGCCUCUACCUAACGCCAUUGUUAUCAACACUGGUGAUCAGAUUGAAGUUCUUAGC